AUGCAAGCAUUGCAGCCCCUUCUCCGCGCACUGGAGGGGGCGGUCGUCGUCGGCUCCGCCAAGUGCCAGCUCGCCCUCGCCGGGGCAAUGAGAGAGGCGGGGCGGCUGGCCGGCGGGACAGCCCCCAUAGACCGCGCCGAGCCGAGCACCGCAGCCGACAUGGACAUGGAUUCCGGCGGAGACCAUGCGGGUAGGGAUCUGGGCGCCAAAUGGAGGUGCGGUGGCGGCGGUGGCAACGCGCACGGCGUGUUCUAGAGGCCGGCCAUUGAAGCGGGAUAGUGGAUACUCGCGCGGAGGGUACGUCAGGACCGGUCCCUGGUGGCCAAGGCCAAGGCGACCGCGGGGAGGGCCAGAAUCCGGGCGGUGAGGAAGAGGAUGGCCGCUUGGAAGAGCUUCCGACGGCAACUCGUGCGCGCCACCCUGAGCUGGGACGGCUUGCACACAAGGAGCCCUGGCGGCUCCGGCAGCGGAGGAGGAGCUGCUUAG